ACCCCGGGCUGAGGGCUAGAGUCCGUGGCAGCCCCCAGAGCGGCUGGACGCCUUGGGAUCGGCGGGGGCAGCGGCUGGAGGGCGGCGGCGGCCAGCCCGGCCCUGGUCCCCGCUCUGGCUGAGCUCUGGGCCCCGGACUCCGGAGCUUAAGGACAGAGCGUCUGGCAGCCCCGCGAGCCCCCAGGACUGCUUUCAGGAUUCCCUUUAAUGAAGAGAGAGAGGCCCUGACUCUUUUAUGCCUCCGGAAUCCCCCUGUCAAGGAGAGUGUGCUGCUAAGGGAAGGUGGCCAGACUGUUGGAUCUGAGUCAGGAAGCCCUAGGUUCAAAUGCAGCCUCAGACUAUCCUAGCUGUGGGACACGGAUACAACAUUCCCCGGCACCCCACCCCAUCCCUCGUGGUAUGAGGACAGAACCAGGUGGUUGCUCUCUGCAGUGAAGCAGAUUGCCACCCAUUCCUGCCCCUCCCCCCAAGUGUUUGGUCCUCCCAGAAACCUUGGAGGCUGUGUGGAAAGCCUGCUGGGAUUUGCCAUCGAAGACUCAGGUUCCUCCAUCCGGCAACUUGUGUGACCCCUCUGGAACUUUGGUUUCCCACCUCCAUAGGUGACUGACUGCACUUGACCCCGAAGCGGCGCCUGGCCGGGCAGAGCCUGAAGCGUUUGGCGGCUUCCUGCUGAUGGUGACUGUGCCCCAGUCCCAGUAUCCCUUGCCAUUGUGGGUCCCAGCCACCUGUUGGAUGGUAACCUGAUCCUGUGAACGACCAGGAGCCCUGGAAAUAUUUAACCCCAGCAAAUCAUUCCCCUUCCAGCUGGGGACAAGGACUGCCUUGCUGCAGUGAGAGCCUGGCUGAGGGAGCGAGGUGUGUUUCCCUUCCUGGCGAACGUCACACAAAGAACCAUGGCCUGCGUGGCUUGGGAUGCAAGCCUUCUCACCGAGCAGGAGACCAGUUGGAUUUUAAGUGACUUAAGGAGCUGACUUUUCUUCACCUUCCACCUGGUGAACCAGCUGCAAAGGUCGAUCCAGAAUGAACCAUCAGAAUUCAGAAGAGAAAGCACAAGAGGCCUCCCAGCCAUCCUUAUUUCAAGGGGACAAAUGUGGGAAUGAGUUGGCUCCUGAAAGAACACCAGCUCUCUUUCCCUUGGGCUGGGACUCAGCCCCACACCUUGGCUCACAUGAUGGGCAGGAAGCCCCUUUGCACGUGUUGGGGGCUGAUGGGGAAAGGAUUUCCUUAACCAAUUCGUGUACUAAAGUGCUUGCUGGGGCUGAGGACGUCUGUCGGGAGGUCGCACGGUCAGUGCUGCGUAGUGAGGCCCCAGAGUCGUCCUGGGUGAGUGACAAGAUGGGUCUGCCGGAGCCAGAAUACCUGUAUAACAGCGCCCAGGCUCAGAGGGUCCAAGCCUCAGUGCCUGGAGAGUGGAGGUAUGACUGUGGAGAUGCUAACGGGAUGAUGGGCCAUGCUGUGCUCAACCUGGAAGAAGGGUGGGGAAUGAAGGGUGAAGGCGAGGGCACCGUGGCAACACCUGACGCCCUAGAUGCGUCAGCUCCACAGAGAAGCCUGCCCCACCCGGGGCUCCCACGUGGCCAGGCUACAGCAGCCCCUUCUUGUUCUUCUGAGAUGUUCCUAAGAGAGGAGAACUUGGCCAGCCAGGGCUCGGGGAUCCCCCUGGGGGCUGCUUCCCAGGAGCCUUGUGAGGUCUCCAACACCACAUAUGUGGUCAUGUCAGAGACAGCCAUGCAGAUAGACGCCCCGGCACAUGCCGAGAGCCCGUGCUCCACAGAGAAAGUGCUCAGUGCUCUUGUCAACGACUUUCAGCAGGAAAUGCCCAAAACCCCGGGGCCAGAUUUGAAAGGGCCUUGUGGUUCAGAUACGUCUCUAACAGAAAAGGCUUUUGGCUUAUACGAAGACCAGCCAAAUGGGGAGACCCCUUUGCAGACUUUGUGUGCCCCAGACAUGCCCCUGUCAGAGUGCUGUCCAGGGGCUGACUGCCCUGUGGACAGGCCACCCUUCAGUGACCCCACAGAGCAGCCACGCCAGCCAAGUGAUCGACUGAAUGAGAUGGCCCCUCCUGAUGGCAGCUUGGGCAUUGGAAGCCAUCCUGCAGGAGCCCCCCCGGCAGGAAGUCAUCCGCCAGGCUGGGACAUGGCCCUAUCGCUCGAGUCACCACAGGAGGGGAGCGUUUCCACCCCUAAUGAUGUUGGUUAUCAGCCACCAGCCAUCACAGGUUGCCCUAGGGAGACCUCCCGAGUGCCUCCGGAGAAAGCAAAGGAGAAGCCUUCUGAAAAAGAAAAAAACACUCGAGAGCUAGCCAAGUACCCCAACAAGAAACUGGCCCCGGUCAAAGUGCUCAAACCUGCCCUUGGCAAAGUCCUGGGAAAAACAGCGCCUAAGCCGGGGAGCCCAGCAGGAAGCAGCCUCCAUAAGAUGGACAAGAUCAGCUUCCCCAGGCCCAACUUCAAGAAUGUGAAAGCCAAAGUAAUCUCUCGAGGGGCGCUGCAACCCCGAGAGCCGGCGGCUGCUGCUGCAUCCGGGCCCAGGCUGCCUCCCGGGCCCCCAGUGGCGGAGCCUCUCUCGAGCAGCGGGCCCAGGAGGGCUGAGUGGAAGGCCAGUGCCAAGGCAGCUGUCCUCCCAAGUAAGAGCCACAGGCAGCACCUCCUCAAGCUGAUCACCAGCCAGGUGGUGCAUGUCACAACCCAUUCCAGAAGCGCUUCCCAGGAUGCUCCCAGAGCGGCCCUGGAGCUGAGAGCCAGCCAUGGAGGAGGCGUUCCCCGAGCCAAUCUGUCCAAGACAGGGCACCUGCCCGGGGCUGGGGCUGCAGCCUUGGGGCCCCACAAGGGCGCAGAGGCCCCAAGUACCCCUAUGAGAACAGCAGAAUCUGUUCUUGCAGAGCCUCGAGCCCCCACCUCUGAUGGAGCUGGGCCCGAGGGGCAGAAGAGCCAGGACAGAGGUGUGGCAGUGCCCCUGGGCACCCAGGAAGGGCACAGGGAGGUGGUGACUGCUCCUGCAGCCUGCGCUCCUGCCCUGGCUUCCACAACGAAAUCGCCCACCGUGGCUGGCAGAAAUGGGUCUAAGCACGACCCCUUGGGACUGAGUAAAAUCCCUGUGCCCAAAAUGAAAGUCUGGCCUUCGGUUUCCUGCCGGAGGCGAAGCACCACUGAGUCCAGGAAUCUCCACGCUGAGCGUGCUUUAUCUCCCCAGAGAGCCCGGCGUGUGUCCAGCUCCGGUGCAUCAAGGAAAAGUGUGUCCCCCAGCCUGGUUGCGGUUCUUAGCACAGUUGAAAAGGGUAAACAGAGGCAUCCUCCAACAUCAUGCAGCCAGCCCCAGGCUACUCCCGAUGCUCUCUCUACUGAAAAGGCCCUGGGAUUGGCCUCCUAUAGAGCAAAAUGUGAGCACCAAGGCAAGGUCAUCCUGCACCUCAAGCAACUCCUCACAGGAGGGAACCGCAAGUUGGAGGCAUUGGCCGUGGUCGUCCAGCAUCUGCUGUCAGAGAGGGAGGAAGCUCAGAAACAGCACCAGGCCCUGUCUCAAGAGCUGGUCAGCCUCCGGGGAGAGCUGGUCACUGCUUCUGCCGCCUGUGAGAAGCUAGAACAGGCCCGCCAUGAGCUGCAGACCGCCUGCCAGGCCUUUGUGGACAAGCUGAACCUGCAGCACCAGGCGGAUCUGGUGGAGCUGGAGAACCAGCUGAAGGCCCACUACACAGGCGAGUGUGAGAGGCUGCAGAGUGUGUGUGUGCAGGAGGUCCAGAAGUACCAGGCCCAGCUGCAGAGUCAGGUCGAUGACUUAAACGCUGCCCACGAAGCCUUCAAGUUAGAAAUCGAGUCCAGCCAUUCAGAGCAGGUGGACUUGCUGAAGAAGGCCUAUGAAGCCUCCCUCACAGAAAUCAAGGAGUGCCACGACCUGGAGAAGACAUCUCUGGAGGAGUCAUUCUCUGAGAAGCGAGAGUCCCUGGAGAAAGAGAUCCAUGAUCUAAAGAGUAAGAAUGAAGCUCUGAAUGAACAGCUUCAGUUGGAGGAGCAGAAAGCAGCUUCCAGAGAGAAGGCCAACCAGAAGAACCCCCAGAUCAUGUAUCUGGAGCGGGAGCUGGAGAGCCUCAAGGCCGUGCUGGAGAUCAAGAAUGAGAAACUGCACCAGCAGGACGUCAAGCUGCUCAAGAUGGAGAAGCUGGUGGACAACAACACUGCCCUGGUGGACAAGCUGAAGAGAGUCCAACAGGAGAAUGAGGAGCUGAAAGCACGGAUGGACAAACAUAUGGCCAUCUCCAGGCAGCUGUCUACAGAGCAAGCAGUCCUGCAGGAGUCUCUGGAGAAGGAGUCCAAGGUCAACAAACGGCUGUCGAUGGAGAAUGAGGAACUGCUGUGGAAGCUUCACAAUGGGGACCUGUGCAGCCCCAAGAAAUCCCCCCCGUCAGCGGCACUGCCCUUCUCUUCCCCGAGGAACUCGGCCUCCUUCCCCAGCCCCACAGGCUCCCCCAGAUGACCCUUCUGGAGCACGGGCUGACAGCUGCCUGGGAGCGCUUUCUUGUGGCUGGCCAGGGACUGAUCCUUCCACCCAUCACAGCUGGCGGGGGCCUGGUUGAGGGUGCUCAGGGGGCGGCUGGAGCCCGUGGACAGCUGGGCGUGGCUCCUCAGGCAGCCUUGGCUCCCGCCAGCCCUGCGAGGUUCCCAGAACGCCACCUGCGCUGGCACGCAGGGAGAGACAUGAUGCACAGAGCACUUGGCGAGCCAGAUGCGUCUUGCUCGCUGCCUUUCUCCCCCUGCCUUGGGGAGAACCAGCUCAGGGCCUCUUCACAUAAAGUAUAAUGUUUCUCAUGUUCCUGGUCACAGACGCUUUUCCUUUGGGCCACCUGCAGGCUCAUGGGAGUGGGAUGGGCACGGGGCUUGCUGGUGCCACCACCUUUGGCUCUAGAGGGGAGAGCUGCAGGAUGGGCAUGGACACAUGAGUGGCUGUGCCAGAGACAGCUGCAAGGACAUCUUGGCCAUGGACCCCCUGGGGGAGGGGGAACAGGCUACUUGGGAGUUUGGGGACCCUGGCUCAAGGCCUUUGGGUCUGCAUUCUGGGGAGGAUGGGCCCUUCGAAUGGAAAGCCCAGCUGUGAGAGCUGAAAUGAGUGCAGUGUUGUGUUGUUUUCAGUGACCCCCACUCCCCAGAUAACACAAGUCUCUGCUUCUGGCUCAUCUUUUUAGCUGUGGACAGAGGUGAACACUAAUGUAUCUCCCCUGGAUCCCCAGGAGCAAGGCUUCUUUCGUGGGGCUCAGUCCUGGACUGAUUCUUCCAAGCAAAGAAGGGGCAGGGAUCCCCCUGGAGCCCCAACCUCCUCCUCAUUUUUAACUUGCUCUGAAUGGUCACCCACAGAUGGGAUCUACCUCUCCCCUCCUUCCUUGCCUCCUCUUUCUUCUCUCCCCUCUCCUCCCUUCCCAUCCGUCUCCUCCCCUCUCCUUUCUAAAGCCAUGACAUAAGCCUUCUACCUCCUUUUCUCUGGGACAAGGGUAAUUAAUAUGCUCACCCAGAACUAGCUCGUUUUCCAGGCACAAAAGUCAUUUCCCAAAAAAACCCAAGGCCAGACUCUAACAUUAUAAACUAUUGAAAAAUCCAGAACCAGCUCAUUUGGGGAAGCAGCAAGGGAAAAUCAUCCAUCAGCAAAAUUUGGGAAGAGGCCAACCAUAUCCCUGUGUUCCAGGGCAGAAGCACCCUAGGAGAUGAGGUAUUGGCUAGAAGGAGCCAGGUGGGGGCCCCAACCAGCAGCUCUAGCUCUUUCUUGGAGGAAUUCUGGGGGGAGGGCAGAGGGGCCCAUGUCAGAGCAGAAACCAUGGCUUGUGCAGUUGUCCCUUUCUGACUUCCAUGAGAGACCUCCCCCAGCUCCCUCAGCCUCCUCCUCCACCCCAGGCAACCUUGGGGACCAGAAGAGUGGGGCUGCGGCUUCCCCACGUCUUGGAAUCUGUCACUGUGUUGCCAAUGAGCUGGGAGUCUGGGAGCCACCACACUGACUUUGGACACCAGGGGGCGAGUGGAAGUUCAGGAGGCAUGUUGAUUUGUAACAGUCCCUUCUUUUGUCUCAUGUUUAAUCUCCAAUGUUCUGUUGUAUGCGUAAUCUUUCCAUUCGUAGGGAUGGUUGGAAAGCCAGUUCCCUUCAGGCUCCGAGUGGGAGUGGGGGCCACUGGAAUCUCUGCACCCCCUCAGAGCUGUCCCCCUGGGGCCAGGCAUUCCAGGACAGGGAAGGCUGCUGCAGGGAGGGACGAAUGUGCUGCUCCAAUCUUGAGUCAGACGGGAGACAGCAGCAGAGGAGAACAGCUCUUUGAAAAUGCUUUUCCAGGUCCACAUUGUAGGACAGUUCUGAGAAGAGGCCAGGGAACUAGCUGGGCAGAGUCAAGCUGAGGCGACUUGGGCCAAUGCCGAGCUUCCCUGACUGUGCUUGGCUGGACUGCCCUUCCCACAUUCAUGUCUUUCACCCCUGUCAAGUCUUGUCAUCUAGGAGUUCAAGGCUCAGAACCCCACCCCCCACCCCACCCCAAGCGUUCUGAAUGCAGUCCUGAAAGGUGGGUGCUAGGGGCUAGAAUUGGACCCUCACAGCUGGCUGGUCCUCAGCUUCUGAUUGCACUGAGUCAGGGGGCUGGGGCUUGGGAAGGAGCUGAUGCAUUUUGAGUUGUGUGUGUUAAAAUAAUAAACACAAAUUUGACUUA